AAGACCGGCAUUUGUCACGUUGCGUACGUCAUGGAAAAGUGUUCAAUAAUCGUCGACAGUGGAACUGGAUACGUGAAGAUGGGAUUCAGUUCUUCGGACAAGAGUCCUAUCAAAGUUAAGCGAAAGACCUCACUGAAUUGGUGGAGUCCUAACUACCUUGGUCCGUCUCAUUAUGAUGUUCUAAAGGCGACACCACUUACCUCUCUUGGAAUGAAAAUUUACCAGAGAAAUGCUGAUGAAGAAGUUGAGUUCUUGAUGCAGUCAAUUCGGCUCAACCUAGACGUCGACGCGUAUCGCUUUCCCAUCGUAAUCGUCGAAAACGAAACGAGUUCGAAAUCUCGUCGCGAAGAAAUGGCCGAGAUCCUAUUCGAAAAAUGGCACGUACCCGCACUGUACAUGGCUCACGAGGCAGCUUUCUCGCUCUCCUGGUACGGAUACAAUACUGGCGUGGUCGUCGACUGCGGUCACGAGAUAUCGUCCAUUGUGACCUUCGACAACUAUCGACGUUGUGCAGACAGGGUCAUGGCUUACGGUGGCUUCAACACGACGCACCAAAUUAUGCAAGACUUUAUGCAAGGAUCACACAAUCAGUUCCGUCCUCUGACGAAAGUGGCGUUCCACACACUCGAGCACAUGAAAAUGAAUAUGUUCUUUGUGGCCUCCAAUUUUGAGAGGGAAGAGCGACGUGUUGGUGGAAAAGACUAUAAAAUGGCAGACGCAACAAUGAUUUACCGCGUGCUUUUCGGUAAUCUUGACAGACACUCAUACAAAUCGAAAUUGUUCGACGAAAGAUACGGAAUUCAACACGUCAUUAGCACGACGAUCGCGGAGACUCGGACGGUCAGUCCCCUCAUUCUCUACAACCGCGUGUUCUUAUGCGGCGGCAUCACGGCGGCGUCCGAGUUCCACGAAACGAUGACGAAGAGUCUUGUCGGCCCCUUCAGAUCCGUCGACGACAUCAACGUCUUUUCGAAACCGGGACGCGAAUUUAGUGCGUGGUACGGUGCGAAGGAGGUUGCGUGUGGGGAUGCCUUUUAUGAUCGGCAGGUGUUGGGUAUUGAAAGGUAUCGCGAAGAUGGGAGCUGUGAGCCGUUUGAAGAUCCACGGGAUGCAAACUGUGGGAUUUGGGAAUGGGAAGUACCAAACGUUUACUACAUCAAGCGUGGAGAAGACGAAAUGAAAAAGGAAUUGAGUGAAGCGGUGAGGAGAGGCGAUCUUCAGUCAGUAACACGUUUCUUUGAGUUGGGAGUUGAUAUCAAGACUCCAUGUGUUAACACUCUUCUGAUACAAGCGUGUAGGAAUAAUAAGAAGGAGAUAGUUGAGUUGCUUCUCACUAAAUCAGCAGAUGUUAAAGGGACUGGCAAGAGAGAUGACCUUAAGUGGUAUCUAGAGAGGAAGGUGGGGAUUUAG